AUGCCGGUACAAACCAGUCCACCGUCCUUCCCGGACUCGUUCCCGUCAUUUAUGUCGGUCUAUGGUGGACUCCCUUCGCGCUACAAAGAGCACGAGCACUCGAUGCACCCGCUCCAAGUGCCGGCUCAUAUUCCGCUCCAUACGACUUCAUCCAGACGCCUCCUUCCUUCCCUGCACCGCGAAAGCGUGUCGUCGACGACCUCGGCCUCGACCGAAUCCUCACCGACGACCACCAUCUCGCCCUUCGAUUCUCCCUCCACGGGCGACAUUUCCCCCAGCUCUUCUCCCGAAUCUCCUUCGGCAAUGUCGCUGUCGUAUCCUAAGUUUACACCGCCGAUCCGCCCGCUGGAGGUAGCCCCGCUGUCCACCAUGGCUCCCGACAGCGCUAGGCUCCUGCCAGCUCCAAGUACGGCGCGUCCGGAAUCGCCCGGACGAGCACGCAACUUGAAGAACCUCUCAUUACGCAUGCCUCCGCCCUCACAGUCGCGACCACCAAUUGCGACUGCAUCGAUAUUAGAGACGACAUCAAAACACCACCUCUCCGCCCCUCCAUCCCCCAUUCGGAUUCCUCCCAAGAGCACCCGGCGGCGCCCUGCAAACCUCACCAUUCGGACUCCCGGCUUGGACAAAUCAUUCACCCCCAAUGUGCCCGACUUGGUUCCUCCGACGCCUAUCGGACGGCAGUCCUUGCGGCAUGCAGAAUCAUCACCCUCGCUCGCCUCGAUCACUUCUCCCGUAUUCGCUCCGCAGGGCGGUAUGCACAUUCCUCAGCCAGUGUCGCACCACAGCGCUCAUCGUCUGUCAGGCACAUCAUCAGAGGAUGCAGCCUCCCCGCUGGCAUCCAUGCCGGAUGGUGCCUUCUCAUUCUCACACCGAGUGAUACCGGAGUUAGAGGAAGAGGACGGUCACCUCAAUUCACGGGAGUCUACCCGUGGGACUGACCGCGGCUAUCCCAACGGGCCUGUUCGGAUAUACGAUUCUGGUGUGUUCCUAUACUUGGAACCGACAGCAGAGGAGGCGGCGCAAUUCGACGUGGUGAUCAACGUCGCUAAAGAAGUCAAGAAUCCAUUUAGCACACCCAAGGAGGAGCGAAAUGAUACCGUCAUGAGCACCUGGCGCAACGCUUCGAUGGCUUCCAAGCGAUUCUCUGGCGCUUUCCGAAUCUGGAAAUGCAACUCCGACUUCCCCCCGCCUAAAUCUACUACCCCCGAGUACAUCCACGUUGGUUGGGAUCACAACUCCGAGAUCCUCGACGAUUUGCUACCGCUGUGCGAGCUUGUCGACGAACGGAUAUCUCAGGGCCAAAAGGUCCUCAUUCACUGCCAGUUGGGUGCUAGCCGUUCGGCGUCUUUGGUGAUUGCGUAUGGUCUCUACAAGAAUCGGAAUUUGGACUUCAAUGCGAUGUAUGAGAUGGUCAAGGAACGCAGCCAAUGGGUGGGCCCGAACAUGAGCCUUAUUUACCAGCUCACAGACUUCCGGUCUCGGCUGAUGCGAGGAUCUCCCUCCUCGCGACCGGCUCCACGGGAGUGGUUUGUUCAGACCGGCCGCCGGAACUCGGAGCCGCAGGUGACUCGAGCGGAGCGCGCCGAGGCCCAAGAGCGAUCCCUUCUCCGCGGUCUAUCGCAGGCACCACCCGUGAGCGGUCUCACAAUUCCAUCCUCGAACUCACUGCGCCCGCAGACGAGUGAUAAUGGGAACCGAUCUCCCAAGCGCAGUCUGUCUCCACGGCCACUGCCUUUCCGACAGAAGUUCCAGUCCGUGCUGCCUGCCUCUGGUCGCCCGCGGCGCAUACCACGCAGUGUUAGCAGCUGUGACCCGCUUGUCCAGACUCAUAUUUAUGUGCGCGAUGGCCUGCGGUCCCCAGAUCCUGGAGCUGGUUUCUUCUCCCCAAGAACCACCAGCUUCCUGGCACCGCCUCCAACGCUACCACCACUUCCCUCCCGGGGGCUCGAUAGUGCAAUCGCAGAAGGCCCCAGUCCAGAACAAUACGCGAAUGACACCGCCGAUCCUCGUUCCCCUCCUACAGGAGUCGAGCGCCUGAUCAUGAGGAACAUCGACGAAUUCCUGUAA